UUCUAGGUAAAGAUAACUUAAUGAAAAUAACAUUUAACUAUCUUUCUUUUUAUAGUAAUCAUGUUAUCCACAGCUUGAAGAAGUCCAAACUGUACAUAGUGAGAUACAGUCUCAGGACGGAACAUAGUGGUUUUUAUGCCUUUUCUGGGUAACAUAAUCCAUGGAUCAAGUGGGAAAGAUGUGGAACAACUUCAAAUACAGAUGCCAGAAUCUCUUCAAUCAUGAAGGUGGAAACAGAAAUGAAAACACAGAUGUAGACUCCAGUAGGCAUUCCUCUGUUAAAGACCGAAGUAUCCAUGUGCCCGAUUUGGCUCAGCAGCAACUAAGCAGCCCUCUAAGAGAGAACAUUGCCUUACAACUGGGUUUAAGUCCUUCAAAGAAUUCAGCGAAGAGAAAUCAGAAUUGUGUCACUGACAUCCCUCAAAUUGUUGAAAUAAGCAUUGAGAAAGAUAAUGACACGUGUGUCACAGGAACUAGACUUGCACGAAGAGAUUCCUAUUCCCGGCAUGCUCCUUGGGGUGGGAAGAAGAAACAUUCCUGUUCUACAAAAACCCAAAGCUCAAUGGAUAAUGAUAAAAGAUUUGGUCGAACACGAAGUGGCUUCCAAAGGAGGGAGCGAAGAUACGGCGUGAGCUCUGUUCAUGAUAUGGAGAGUGUAUCAAACAGGACGGUAGGUAGCCGUUCUCUGCGACAGCGGCUUCAGGAUACUGUUGGGUUAUGUUUUCCCAUGAAAACUUAUAGCAAGAGGUCAAAACCUAUCUUUUCUAAUAAAAGAAAGAUUCAUCUCUCUGAACUAAUGCUUGAGAAAUGUCCUUUCCCUGCUGGAUCUGACCUUGCCCAAAAGUGGCAUCUGAUUAAGCAACAUACAGCUCCCGUGAGUCCUCAUUCAACUUUUUUUGAUACAUUUGAUCCUUCCUUGAUUUCCACAGAAGAUGAAGAAGACCGACUUAGAGAGAGACGUAGGCUUAGUAUUGAAGAAGGGGUGGAUCCCCCUCCUAAUGCCCAAAUACAUACUUUUGAAACUACAGCACAGGUUAAUCCAUUAUAUAAAUUGGGACCAAAGUUAGCCCCAGGUAUGACUGAGCUGACUGGAGACAAUAGUGCAACACUACAGGGAAACUGUGAACAUGAAGAGGAUGCAACAACACUCUGCUUGCAGUCUCGCAGGCAAAAGCAACGUCAGGUGUCUGGAGAGAGCCAUAUCCAUAGUAACAGACAAGGAGCUUGGAAAGUACACACGCAAAUUGAUUACAUACACUGCCUUGUGCCAGACUUGCUUAAAAUAACAGGUAACCCAUGUUAUUGGGGUGUGAUGGACCGUUAUGAAGCAGAGGCUCUCCUGGAAGGCAAACCUGAAGGCACUUUUUUGCUCAGGGAUUCUGCACAAGAGGACUAUCUCUUUUCUGUGAGCUUCCGUCGUUAUAACCGAUCCCUACAUGCACGUAUUGAGCAAUGGAAUCACAACUUUAGUUUUGAUGCUCACGAUCCCUGUGUAUUUCACUCCUCCACAGUUACAGGACUUCUAGAACACUAUAAAGAUCCUAGUUCUUGCAUGUUUUUUGAACCAUUACUUACUGUAUCUCUGAACAGGACUUUUCCUUUUAGUCUGCAGUAUAUCUGCCGGGCAGUAAUCUGCAGGUGCACUACAUAUGAUGGAAUUGAUGGUCUCCCUUUACCAUCAAUGUUGCAAGACUUUCUAAAGGAAUAUCACUAUAAACAAAAAGUCCGGGUGCGAUGGUUGGAACGGGAACCCAUUAAGACAAAGUAAACCGAAAGUCCCCAGUAGGCUUACUAGAAUCUGCGCUGCCUUUUGUGUGUGUGUGUGUGUGUGUGUGUGUGCGCGCGCGCAUUAGUUUAACUUGGCAAACACAUCCGCUUUUUUGCAAUACUGUAUAUUUAGUAUGUCAGUUCCUGUGUGCUGUUACACCAAUCAUGUUGUGAUGCUUCUUAAUACAGUAAGCAGAGACAAAGUGAUGUGCUUUACAUUAAGGUCUACAUAAGUAUUUGUUGCUAACUUCUAAAUUUGUAGCUGUAGUAAUUGGGUGAAGCAACUAUGGGGCAUUUCAUCUGAUGCUAAAGAACAAAAACUCAUUUUUUUUAUUGGUUGACUAUUUUAAUGUUUUGAGUGGUGGUUAAUUUUUUUCAACAAAAUCUUUUCAUCUUUGAAAAGUUUUUAAUUGUUCCUUCCAAACAAGUUUCCAAAUGUCAAGAAACGAAACAUCUCUAAAUAUUUUUUUAGCAGCAUGGGAAGCCUGUGCUACAUUAAGAGUUUUUGGAUGCUAAAAAUCAUUCACAGUUAGUUAGCUCACCAGGUUUCCUUUUGAUAAGGGCUUGAACAUGUCUGAUCAGAAGUGGGCUUGUAUUUAGAACAUUCACGGAUUCAAGUGGCAUUAUUAGCAAGAUUAAUACUAUCUUGGACAGGCAGUUAAAAAUCUGCUAUUUGAAAUUUUUUAAAAAUGAAAGUUUGUUCAAAUUUGAUUAUUGCCAUUAGUUAAAACAGUCUGUAUACUUCGCUAAAAGCUAAAUAUACCUGAACCUCCGUACUUUGGAUGUCCCUGAUCCGGGAACACCUGUAGUUUGUACCAUGACAGAGGUAGGAGGAAGCGGCUCUGCAUGCUGCUGCAUCCCCUUCCCUCAGUUAAGGGAAUGGCAGUGCAGCGAAGUGCUUCCCCAGAUGCUUUUCUUCUGCUGCUCCCAUAGUGGCGGAGGGCUGUGUCUGAGUGCGGCAGGGAGCACAGAGCCAUGUGUGCCCUUUGGAGUGGAGCACCAGGUAAGUGCCCCAUCCACAUACCCCUUACACUCCCCUUCCUUCUCAGACCCUGCCUCAGCACCAUCCAUAUUCUGCAACAAUUCCUUAAUCCAGGAAACCCUAUUUCCCAGGUUAUAGGAGUUAGUGACCUGACAUCUAUGUCUCAGUUGCAAAUGAUGUUGAGGAGAAAUGCUUAAUUUAAAACUCUACUUAACAUUGUUUAUGCUGAAAGUGUUCAUAGCUAAAGUAUAACUUAAUACAAUUUUUAAAAAAAAGACAUAACUGUAGUAAAUAGCAGGUUUCAAAGGUUACUGUUUAUUUUGUUUAUAAAUAAUAUUUUUCCAUUUAGCACCUUUUUGCAAUGUUUGUGCUGAUACCAUUUGAACAAACUACUUGAAAUUAAACUUCUGUUUUUUAUUUUAUUAUUGGAUAGAAGUUUCCAGUAUUAAAUAAGUGGAUUAAACUUAUUUAAUCAAAGAGUUUCCAACUGUUCUGUCCUGGAUAUUUUUGCACUAAAAUUGUGUUGGAAUCGCCAACCCCUUUUUGAAAUGUGCUCUGUACCACUUUCCUGCUCCCUAGUUUCUUUACCAGCUGCUACAGUAUGUUGUUACUUCUCCAUGGCAGUGACUGUAUGAGUUAGAGAACCUUAUGGCUGCAAAUACAA